AUGCCUUAUGGAUACGCAACCCCUCCCACCCCCCAAAGGUACUACCGCGACGCCUCCGACCCCAAGCCGCCCGCGCCCGGCUUCUACGUGGCCCAGCAGCAGGCCGCCAGCGUCGACGACCUGCCCGUUGAGGACAGCGGCCCCGCCCUGUACAGCGGCCUGUGGACCCACGUGUACUCCGCCGCCCUUCAUGGGGUCGGCAUCGACACUGUCAUGUGGAUCACAACCCGCGCGGUCAGCGGGACGGCCUGCCAGGCGUCGGGGCCGACGAACACGAGCACGUGCGUGCCGGCGAUCUGGUACGGCCAGGUGGCCAACCUGCUCACCGGAGACCCGAGCUCGCCGCUGUUCGGGCCGUCGCUGAACCAGCAGGGCGUGAUCUACCACUCCCAGAUCAGCAUGGCGUUCCCCACCGUGGCCAUCAACUCCAACGGCUCGGCGCUGUUCCAGUUCUCCUACGCGAGCAACGCGUUUGACGACGUGGCAGGGGUUGUCGCGCUCGACGGGCAGGCCAUCUGGCAGUUUCCAGGCGUGAUGACGUACGGGCUCGACCUCAGCGACACGGGCCUGGGAGAGGGCCAGGCCAUGCUCAUCCGCCGCAACUCCCAGGGCGGCAUCCACCUAAACCCCGUGCUGGACGGCAAGGAGCCGCCGCUGUCCUGGGGCCGCAUCAGCGCGUCGGACACGGUCGAGCUGGCGGGCGGCAAGCGGCGGCUGUACGGUGCAGUCGUGUGGGCAUUCAGCUGGAACUUUGGCCUGGCGAUGUUCUGA